AGACAGAGGGUUUCACUCGCGAGGGCUGUCUAUUCAGACGCAGACAUCUACUUAUUGGACGACCCCUUAAGUGCUGUUGACGCCCACGUCGGCAGACAUUUAUUCGAUGAGACAAUCGGUCCGAAAGGCAUUCUUCGGAGGAAAACCCGUAUUUUAGUGACGCAUAAGGCAUCGGUUUUGCCAGAAGUCGACAAAAUAAUUGUCUUAAAGGAGGGACUGAUCUCUGAAUUCGGAUCAUUUGAUGAACUGAUGGCUAAAAGUAAAGAUUUCGCUGAAUUUGUUGCCGAAUAUGUGUUGAGACAGGAGUCAGAAGAGGUGGACAUCGAAGACGAGAAAGAGUUAGAAAUGUUAGCAAAACUGAGACAAAGAGUGAAACCAAUUAUUGAAAGACAAGAAUCGCAUAAAUCUUCGGACAAUGAAACUGUUGUCCGACAGAGAGGUCGCACACGAGAUGUGUCUACAAGUGAUGAUAGAGUGAACCAAAAGGAGACCAAAAGUAGUGAUAAAACCACUGAAGAAGAGACAAAUAAAAGCAAAGGAAAACUCAUAGACGAGGAGAAAUCAGCGAAAGGUGCGGUUAAGCUCAUGGUUUACAAGAAGUACUUCCAAUUGAUUGGAUACUCGAGUUUGGCAUUCAUUUUAUUGGCGUUCAUCGGGGCUAACGUCGCGACCGUAUUGUCCGGUCUGUGGCUCAGCGACUGGUCUAACGACUCGCUCGACACCAAACGGGCCAACGAUAANACGAUAAGGAGUUACGUAAUGAAAGACUCGGUGUCUAUGGUAUCAUCGGAACUGUCGAAGGCUGGUAGGGAACUGCAUAACACGAUGAUCGCACGAAUAGUCAGAGCUCCCAUGGCUUACUUUGACACGACACCAAUGGGAAGAAUACUAAACCGAUUCUCACAGGACAUGGAUAUCAUUGACGGACAGAUAGUCUAUGUAUUGGGAGGAAUGCUCCGCAACUUCUUCACAGUCAUCGUGUCGUUGGGAAUGAUAUCUUUGGAAACGCCUCUCAUUUUAUUAGCUAUACUUCCCAUAACUAUAGUGUACGCCGUGUGUCAACGCAUUUAUAUCGCCAGUUCCCGGCAAAUUAAGCGCAUUGAGUCGACCACCCGUUCCCCUAUUAUCAGCCACUUUGGCGAGACAUUUAACGGCACGUCAACCAUCAGGGCUUACGGGGCGGCCAAACAUUUCAUUAAAGAAUCGCACCGUCGUAUCGACGAUAAUAAUCAGUGCUAUUAUCCGGGUUUCUGUGCCCAACAGUGGCUGUCCAUAAGGCUGGAGUUCCUUGGGAACAGCCGAGUGGUUCAACGAUCGGACAAAACCGCCGCCCGAUUGGCCACUAAUGGGAGGAAUAGUGUUCUCCAACUAUAG